CCAUACGCCGAAGGGUUCGAUAAAUAAUACCAAGACCGCAGAUAAUCUAGGUCACCCGGGAAAGGGGGUACAGUAUAGCUCAGCUUGCUUCCUGUUAGGUUGAUCUUGUGCCACCCAAAGUCAGCAGGACAAUCAUCCAUCCAUCCAUCUGUUUCUUCUGUUCCUCGUGCUUCUCUUAGAUCAGCCAGCCACUUCUCUUCUUCCCGCUCUGUCAUUCUUUUUCACCUCACUGUUCUCGAGGAAGAGGAUCUACUUCGCGCAAGGCAAACUUCUCUGUUGAAAACACAAAAUUGAUUAAGGAGAUGUACGGGUCGAAUACAGGGCCUUCACAACCAGAAUGGCGCCUCACGUCGGCCACUACUACUCCAAGUACUGCGACGUCGCACAAUCCCCCGCAGCCGUCAUGGCAGGCAAACCCCCCUCUUCCGGCUCGCCCAACACCUAAUCAUGGUGGAUCGCGACCGAAUGCCAGUUCUCCUGUGGUGAAGAACGCGGGCGCAAAUGUCUCUCCAACCUCCAAUAUGGCAGGAAUGGACCCAACUUCAUGGGGAGUGAAAUACAACAGGCAGCAGUUUCAGGCCCCGAGCCCCCCACCACUCCCGCCGCGACCUCCAAGCACGACACAGUCCCAAUCUAUCCAGACGAAUUCUUCCGCCGGUGGCUCGUUGGAUGUCAAAAGGCCUUCGUCGGCAACUCCAGUGCAGGCAGCUCAAGAUGCAUCGAAUCCAUAUCCGCAAUGGAGCGCGCCUCCAUUUGCAUCCCAUCAACAGACUGAUUUCGCACCAACACAGGCCUCGCCACCACCUCCUAUUCCUUUCGGCUACCAGGGCGUUGUUUCUCACUCCGGCGGCCAAACGCAGAAUCAUUUACAACCUCCACCAUAUUCUAGCGCCGUCUUCAAUCAACCUCAUGAUUCUCCCGUACAGCAGCCCAGCCCACCAGCACCAAUUCAAGCCCAUCUCGUAGGGCUUCCAGUGUCUGAUUCAGGACUGCCUCCACUUACAAGUCCACAGCAACCACAUUCGUCACAUGUCAUUGGACAUCCAGAAACCCAGUCUCCGUGGGUUCAUGAAACAACCACUAGCAUAGCCCCUGAAUUGCUACCUGUCGCCGCGCCUCCGGUACCACCCAAAAUCAAUCCCACUUCAAUUGCUACUAGCGCCUCCGCUCUUAGCCCUGGUACUCCUUCUGCCUGGGAGCAUCUAUUGCCGACGCCAGGAAAUAUUGACGACGUUGCGGCCUCAGCUCACAAGCGUGAACACGCAAGCCCAGUGGGCUCGGGACCCCCCUCUCGCUUACCUGGAGCAAAUUCAGCACCUCAUAACUUCCCUAGUAGUUCCGCGCCACCUAUAUCGGACUUGCACACAGGGUAUACCAACACGCAGUUGGAUUUUCAUGAUUCCCCCGUGAGUGUUGAUACAGUACAGGACGAUUACAAAACACCCCUCUCGCUUGGCAUGAAUGCCAGAGUGGAUGGUACUGAGUCAAUCCAUAGCUCCGUCUCUACUUCAGAAACCGUGGAGAGUAUUGAUGGUGUCAUUGAAGCAUGGACUCGCCCGCUUAAAACAAGCUCACAGAACCCUGACCUAGACGAUGACGCAAAAUCAGAACAUGCAGCGCGGAAAGAGAGCAAGACUAGUUUGAAAGGGGUCGAAAGUAAGGCCGGUGAAGUGGAAGGAACACAUCGGACAGCACUUGCGCCAUUGGAACGGCCUGAUCCCCUUGAUGAUCUUGAUACCUGGUCCAAAUCCUCCUUGGAACGAUAUGUGGCAAUGCUACGGAAGGAGGCGACGGCAGAUACCGAUUCAGACCGAUUUGAGAUUUUUACGAGUUUCAUGGCCAAAGAGGCGAAGCUACGUGAAGUCUUGUAUGGCAUUGAGCCUCACUCAAAAAGUGCCAACCAGACAACGACAGGCACUUCUCCUUCAGCAUCGGUGGCACCAACUGCUCCUGCAAACAGCAGCGAAACCGAUCGUGUGUCCCCUCCUGUGGAAUCUGGACUGUGCCCGGUGGAAACUGAGGAAUUUUCUGUAGCUACUACUACCGCGGACGAACCAGGAGAUGGCAGCUACAGUCCGGGUGGCCGACCCAUCCUUAGGCUUCACACACCUGGCCCUGCAAGUGUGAAAAGCUCCCCAUCACACGCUGUUGCCCCUUCCGUUGGUGCACAGAUGUCAUCCCCAAGACCUGCCUUAGUACCGCCUACGAUGAUUGAUCUUGCGGCACAUAAGCAGGACCUCUCUCCACUUGCUACCAAUCCCCCACAGCCGAUUUACGCGCCGUUCCGUUACACGGAGGGUCCUCAGAGAGGCUCAGAUGCCCUCGUGUUUGAUCGUCCGGCAUAUCAAGCUUAUUCUGCCUUGCGUCAAGCAUCUGCUGAAAGCGGGCGGGUGAUGUCCAAUAGCUUGCUUCCUGCAUCAGAAGACCUCUCGUUCCCUGCAGACACACCAAACCAAGCAGGUCAGGACGAAACAUUCAUCGGUCUCAUCAGGGAGAAAAGUAUUGCGUACCGAAAAACAGCUUCCCAGAAGUCGUCGACUCUCCCACCACUACCUGCCUCCCUGAGACAAGGCAGACUUCCUGACCCCUUGGACGAACUACGCUCAAUCGUGUCAUCGUCACUGAGCAAAGAGUCUGUGAGCGGUAUUGGAACUACCACGAAAAAGGAGCCCACGGGAAUAACCAGUGACUUCACUUACAUACACGAGGCGAUAAAUACCUGGGUUGCUUCGAAUAAGUCUCGUAGGGACGCACUGGAGAAGGAACGUGUCCAACGUCAGGAAGAGUCCGAAAGACACAUUAAUGCCCUUUUCAACGCAAAGGAGAUAGGGUAUGCUGAUAUCAAUGUCCUCGAGGAGGAAUUCCGUCAGAAAGAGGCUCGCUGCCAGCUGGAGGAGGAGAGGCAAGAAUUGAACGACUUUAUUACGCACGUUUUUGACCCGCUGGAUAAACGAUUGGAAGAGGAGGUUCUGGCAUUGCAAACCGAUUAUGAAGCCGCUCUCGCCUGGCUUGACGACGGUGACAAUACGAUCCAGGAAACGGCAAAUGGCCAUAGUCACGUGUCUAAGACAAUGAAGAUCGUCAAUGAGAUCUAUCGUGACCUGGAGGCUCGCUAUCAGAAGCGCCUCGAGAUUGCUUUAGAUCGCGAACGUCGACGAAAGAAAGCUGAGAGGCGGCCUCUUGUUUUUAUGGGCGACUCGACUGCCCUCAGACGGCUGGAUCAAGAAUUCGAUCAGAUGGAGAAGCGCAAUAAGCUGGAGGCUACUCGGGAGCGGGAUGCUAGAGCCAAUCGAUUGAUGGACUCUUUCGAUGAUGUUAUCAUGCAUGGUCUAGGAGAAAACCAGAGGAUUCUCGAUGACAUCACUGCAAAGGUAUCACGAAUCGAUGCGGCAAGCCUUCGUUCUUCUCCUCUCCCAGAGAGUGAAAUUGUGCAAUUACUCAAAUCAGUCAAUCAGUUCAUUGACUGCUUGCGCGAAGACUCCGAGUCCAUACUCGAGAAUUUCGGUAUCGCUGAUGCAGUUCUCAACGACGCCGAUUAUGGUGUAUCUGUUGCUGAGGCUCGAUGCUCAGACGCCGAGACUGAUGUUUUUCGUCAGCUAGAGGCUGAGAAACAGAAAGAAGAUAAAAAGAUCCAGGAUGAUCUAGAAUCCAAGCUUGAGAGUGUUAGGGAAGGGCCCGCUCAGGUGGCCGCUAGCAUCAAGAAUCUUCUCCGUUCCCUCGGUCACGAUAAUGCCUCCGAACAAUCGCCUGCUCUAUUGCUGGAGCCUGUACAGCCACCGAAGAAUGCUCGCUCACCGAGUCCCGGCUCCGCCACCAAGCCUGCCUCUGGCCAGCCUGUGGAAGACAACGAGCAUCAAGAGCGACUUCGCAAGGCAUUGGAGAAUGCGAAGAGGAGAAACGCCGCAAGGAAGGUCACAUGAGCAUGCGCACAAGCUUGUUGUUUGUAGAAUCAGCUUUAUCCCAGUACAUACAUCAUCAGUGCUUCUAUCUAAUAUGUAAUUAGACGUUCCGUGGACCCUUCCGCUUCUUUCUUUUCAUGUUCUCCCAUCUUUCUAUUGGAGCCGUGGGGAUACUCUAGUGUGGCGUUAGCCACAUAAUUUUAAUGCCAAUACGAGGACUGCGGCACAGCC